AUAAACCUUGGAGGCGGCCGGCACUCACAACAUCAAGGAAGAUAAUAAAUUAAUAAAUUAUAAUUUUGUAUCACUAAAUAAAAUAAAUAGUAAUUAAAUUAAAUAGUAAUCGACAACUAAUCGUACAUUCGUACCUAUAAACCUAUAACGUAUAACGUAUAAUUUCUCAGUUCUCGCCGUUCUCGGUCUAUUGUUUAUUCUCAUUUCUUGAAUUAUUCAAUGAACUUGUGCUUAUUAUUCAGUUCCAUAAUUUCAUACGGUAUUACUACUUAUUGAAUGUGUUUACAAAUUCAUACAUUUAGCUGCGUUUCAUAAUAAUAAAUUCAAUAAUCCAUUCAAUAAUCAAAUGUUUUGAAAUUCACCGAUAAACCGUAUCCUUUCACAGAAAGGACAAGAAUUAUUAAAAAGAAAGUCAAUAGUAUAAUUURUGUACGUUUCCAUUAUAUCAAUGUAUUCAUUAUUGUGUAAGGCUCUACCUUUUAACACUAAAUGUGUGAAGAAUGCUAGAGGCAUAAGUUUAACAUUUUUCAACAAGAAACAGACAAUUGAUCACUCAAAAGUGCCUAUCAUUAAUGAAAAUGAACUUGAAGAAAUGUUUGUUAAGGGAAGUGGUCCUGGUGGAUCUGCUGUUAAUAAAAAUGCUAAUUGUGUUGUACUAAAACAUAAACCAACUGGCAUUGUGAUUAAGUGUCAUGAAUCAAGAUGUGUUGAAGAUAAUAGAAAAAUUGCUAGAGAUAAACUUGCUACAAAAUUAGAUGUAAUAGAAAAUGGUAAUGAGUCAGUUGAAGCACAAAAAAAAGCAAUCAUGGAAAAAAAGAAUGCACAAAAAGAAUGGAAACGGAAAAAAUUAGAAACACUAAAAAAGGAUUGGAUUGAAAGAGAAAGUAGUUUUGAACCAUAAAUUAACAUAGUUCAUACCUAAUAAUUUAUUAUUUAAGUCGUUUUUUGUUAAAAAAUAAAAUUWUUGUAAAAUGUA